AUUAUAUUACAUCGCGUUUUGUUUCUUCGACAUGGCGUACAAUUUCGACUACGAGAUCAGUGAUUAUUUUGUCUCAAAUUUGUUUGCCGUAAGAAACGCGAUAUCUCAACAGGAUUUUAAGAAAUUUACCAAUCUUCGAUCAAACGCAGAUAGAGUUGCUUUUAUAUUGAGUUAUCCUGAAGCCCAUCAUUUGUCCUUUGAAGUUGAAAAUUAUGAAAUCAAAGACGGGGUGAAAGCUAUGAGUUAUAAGAAUGUUGGUAACAAUUAUUUCGGAAGUGAGGAUUAUGGAGAAGCUUUGGAUGCAUACUCGAAAGCUGUACUUUUGGCACCUCAAAAGGAUCUUCCAGUGAUGCUCGCUAAUCGUUCAGCAGCACUUUAUCAUUUGCAAAAAUACGAACAUGCUUUAGAGGAUAUAGAAGAAGCAAUUCGAUUGAAUUAUCCCAAAGAACUCAGAUACAAAGUGGAAGAAAGGAGAGCUAGAUGUUUUCUAGCUCUGAAGAAUAACGCUAAAGCGAUACAAUGUUUUAGACUCGCGUUACAAUUACUGGAUGAUGCAAAACUUUCGUCCGAGCGAAAAAAAAAAUUAGGAACCGACAUCAUGUUAAUGUUGAGCUUGAUGGAGAAAGGUCAACAAUUGAAAGAAAAAUCUAAAAUAGUUCCGCAGCAAAGCAUGGCAAAUGAAACGAAUGAACACAAAAUCAUGAGAAAAAUAAUCAAACGUAAUCCUCUUUAUCCAGCUUGUAGCAAACUUGUGGAAAUAAAAAACGAUGAUGAUAAUGACAUAGGAAGACACGCUGUUGCUAAGAAGAAAAUUUUACCUGGCGAAAUUCUUAUAAUUGAACGACCACAUUGUGCUCUUUUAUUAGACGAAUAUAGGUUGAAUCAUUGCUUCUUCUGCUUCUCCAAGAUGAUCGUCCCAAUACCAGCAGCUUGUAACGUUUGCAGUUGCGUGAGUUAUUGCAGUACUCGUUGCAGAGAUAAAGAUGCUCAAUUGCAUAUUCGUGAAUGCAGUUUGUUACCAGUUUUAUGGCUAUCCCAAGCUUCGAUCACGUGCAUUCUAGCUCUUAGAACUCUUCUUCAAAGACCAUUCAAGGAAUUCCUUGAAAUGAGAGAACGUUUGACAACUACCAAAGAGAAACGUGAAAUUUCGGAAAAAAAACCAUACAAUGGAAAUGAUUAUGAAUCAUUUCAUGAUUUAGUGACUCACGAAGAUCAACGUACAAGUGAAGAUAUAUUUCAUCGAGCUUACAUCGCUGCAUGGUUGUUGAGACUUGUAAAAACAACCAAGUAUUUACCCAACAACGAUAAAACACCUGAUUCAUCCGAGGUAAAGCUCUCGGACGCUGAAUUGUUUGUAGGUGAAUUACUUUUGCAUCAUUUGCAGCUGUUACAAUUUAAUUCCCACGAGAUUUCCGAAUUAAAUAAUAGAAAAGUAAAAUCGAUCAAAAAGUCACUCGAAAAUGCUACAAAUCUUUUCAUUGGUGGUGGUGUAUAUCCUACAGUAGCCUUGCUUAAUCAUUCGUGUAAUCCUGGUGUAGUAAGAUAUUUUAUUGGUACGACUAUCGUUGUAAGAGCAAUUCGAACGAUCGAGGAAGGUGAGGAGAUAUCUGAAAAUUAUGGUCCUAUAUUUACUACGAUGCCUGAAGGUGUACGAAAACGAAAUUUGAGAGUACAAUAUUGGUUCGAUUGCAAGUGCGAAGCGUGCACAGGCCAUUGGCCCUUAUUGGAACAAAUAGAUCCUACAAUUUUCAGGUUUAAAUGCGAUUCGGGAAAAUCUUGCGGCAAUGUCUUGCCAAUCAGUACAAGUACAGAUGAGUUUAUGAUUAAUUGUCGAAAAUGUGGAAAAAAUACAAACAUAUUGAAGGGUUUAAAAGCAUUACAGGAUACAGAUAUGCUUUUUAAAGUCGCUUCGCGUCAUCUCGAAGAUGGACGGCACAAUGAAGCUUUGGAAACAUAUUUAAAAAUAUUGAAACUUCUCGAUGAAACAUUGUCUUUACCGAUCAGAGAUUAUCAUUUGUGUCAACAAGGUGCAAGAUUAUGUAUGUUGACUUUGGGUAAUACGGACUUAAAAUUAGGUAUUAAAAAAUAAUAUACUACUGAUAGAUUUUUUAUUUAUAACUAUUACAUGAUGGUACAAAAUAAGUAAAUGAAACACAAAGUAA